AUGGCCGCGGAAAGCAGCAAGCAGUUCUGGAAGCGGAGCGCGAAGCUGCCGGGCAGGUGAGCGGCCGCAUGAGGCUCGGUCUCCGGGGUGGGCGCCCACCAAGCAGCCGUGCCCCGGGAAGGCGGGAGCCGGUUGGCGGCGCCGGUUCCAGCGGGUGCUUCCCCGCCGCCAUUCAUCGCAGGGAGGUGCUUCGUGGGGGCUCGCGGCUCUCGUCCUGAAGCCGGUUAGCAGCCUCCCCGCAUCUAGAGGGAGCAGGGCAAUUGGGGAGAGGACCUCUGUGGGUCCCCCGAUGCCCGUGAGGUGAAGCUCGGGAUUGCGGUCGCGUCACGAUUGCUCUCCGCUGCGGCGCCGGCUGGCCCGGUUAGUCAGCAGCAGCUGCAGUCAGAAGCCCAUCGCCAGCCGGAGAGGCGAGGCUGGCGAUCGCGGGGCAAAUGGGCUUUGCUAAGCUCCCAUGUUCCUAAAGCCGCCGUGGGGAACGACGAGACUCGCCGGUGCCUCCGUCCUCCCUUGUCCCGGGGCCGUUUGUAUUUCGGAGCCAGCCAGGUUGCUCAGCGGACAGGUGCAUUGGGUUGCUACUUUGCCCAGGAGCAGAAGUCACUUCCUCAUUUGCAUAGGUUAAUCGGCGUGGGUCCGUAUGGGCUUCCUUAUCGUGCUGGCGCUUAAACGCUCUGAUAGGAAUGAACUUCUAAAUCGGGUGGCGAAGAGAAUCAACCAGGCUUUAAAAAGCAAACACCAACUAAUUACGCCUAUUGCAACUCGGCAACUGAGAAUCUUUGCUUUGUUAUACCAAGAAAACUCUCUGGAGAACUUCAGGACACACAAGGCUGGCUUUCUAAAUAUGAAAGCAGAAGUCCUAGACUUCAUAUUCCGGAGACGAUUUCUCCUUAAUGUGCCCACCCCCAAAGCUGGUGAACAGGGAGUUUGCAGUGCUUAAAUUACAAAGGGGUGAUGUGGAGCGUGGUGGGAUGCUUCCCAUAUUUAUUGCUUUUAGCAUUGUUUGGGGAUGUGUGUGAUUUGGCUAAAAUGGAUGAAGUUAGAGGUAAGGUGUGUGGAUUUUAUAAAAGGCCCCCCCCCCAUUUCUUCCAUAGUUUAAACCAUGGUGGUGUGUGCAUCCUUUUGAUAAGUCUAUCAGUGAUGGCUAUAACAUAUCUCCAGUAUCCGAGGGACCAUGCGUCAUAUUCUACUUGUUUUGGAAGACAAAUGCUAGAGUAUCUUUGCCCUCUUGUCCUGUGAGAGCCAGUGUGGUGUAGUGGUUAAGAGUGAUAGACUCGUAAUCUGGGGAACCGGGUUCGUGUCUCCGCUCCUCCACAUGCAGCUGCUGGGUGACCUUGGGCCAGUCACACUUCUUUGAAGUCUCUCAGCCCUACUCACCUCACAGAGUGUUUGUUGUGGGGGAGGAAGGGAAAGGAGAAUGUUAGCCUCUUUGAGACUCCUUAGGGUAGUGAUAAAGCGGGAUAUCAAAUCCAAACUCCUCCUCUUCUUCCUUGGGCUUCCCAUAGGCAUCUGAAUGGCCACCAGGAACAGAAUGCAGGACUAGAUAGGUCUGACCCUGAAAGGCUCAUAUGUUUCUCCUCAGCACCACUCCAAUCACUUUAUUAUUUGGAAACAUGGCUGCUGGGGAAACUGUUGUUGGCGGAGGGUUCUGGCUAUUGUUGGACAGGGCCAAGCUGGGAUGAUCUGCUAUCAGCCUUGAAGAGAGAUUUCACAUCCCACCCAUGUGCAAACUCUUAUACUUUUAACACUAAUUAUAUUGGAAUACAUUCUUUCUCUAUAUACUUAGUGUUCAAUUCUGAUUAGGUUUCCUUCCUCACUCAUUAAGAAGGCACUUGAAAGCUUGAGGAAACUCUGAACAAUUGUUUGACCACUCUGAAUGAGAUUGAGCGAUAACUCUCCUCUUUUGAUGAUUCAGGAGCAUGUGCCCCUGAAGAAAGUGAGGUAAGACCUAAGAGGUGAUCUUGGCCUCAGGUUUGGGAUAAAGGCUGUAUAAUUCAUGAGGCUGUUGCAUUAGACUUCAAGCUUUCUAGAAUACCAAGGUUCACAACCAGAGUUAAGUGCAAAAGUUAUACACUUGGGAUUAAAUAACUCUGAGCUGAGGAAUUUGUUUGGAAUACCAUCCUUCCGCACAAAAAUCCACUUGUGGUUACCCCCCCACCCCACCCUUCAGCAGUGCAAUGCAGAAUCAUUUUGCUUUUCCCACUGUUAAACAAUUGGGAGUCAUAAAUCCUUGCUGAUCUACUUCAGAUCUCUCAGUAGAUCCUAAUUUUUCUUCUGCUCACCCCUGUGUUAUAUUGUUCACAUGCUCUCUAACCUCAUAUUGACCGUGCUGUCACAAGCCAGUUCACCACCGCGAGGCCUCUGGAAUGCUUAGCUGGCUUUAAAUCCUGCCAGGCUAGUUAAUUCUCUGUUUCUCCCUCUAAUGUCAUCCAUCUCUCCGCCUGUCAAACUCUACCAACUUUCUGGGGUAGUUUGGAUGUGUGGGAAAAGUACAGCUAAAGGUCUUAUAAUACGUACUUGGGAAGAAAAGAAAUAACAAACAUUAUUUCUGCAAGUGUGCUGGUGCCUCACUAUCUUAGCUUUCUUAUCUCAUUGCCACAUCCUGCUUGCUCACUUGUGUGUUUCUGCCUCUCUAAAUCAAGAUGUUGUUUCCAUCUAUAGCUAAUUUAAACAGUGAAGUUGACUAAACCAGGUAAACCGGUUUUGGGAAAAGAAAUGAUCCAACUUGAACUUCAGCCCAACCAAUGAACUUAAGCUUUAUUCACUGAUGUGUACGUUGCCUGCCAGUCAAUAGGCUGCUGUGAUAGCUCAGGCCAAUGGAAGGGGGAGGUGGGUGCACAUACUCUUUUAUUUAAAUAGCCUGUAGCCUAUGUCUUGCCCUCUACCUACUUCUGUGUUCUGAAGCACAUGUAGCUAGAAGAUGAGUGAAAUGAGGGCUAAGUCCUAGGCCCCCCUCCACAUAGCUUUCCCCCCAGCUCAGUUGUCUGAAUUGUUUGUUUUCCUAACCUGUGCGAGUAAAGUUGUCCUUGUGACCAAUAGCCCUUACGACCCGUUCUUCACCCCAUGUGCUGUAUAAUCCAUGCUGAGAAGAACAAGCACUAAGCUUGUAUGUAGUCAUGUGGCUUUGCCUCUGUUAAGUCUGCAAAGAAUGAUGGAGAUAUUUUGACUGGGGCCAGAGGGCAGAGGAAACUCUCAAAGAGCUGCUUAUCGAAAUGGGAAAUCUUUCUCAUGUGUGUUCUUUGGACUGGCCAAAGGGGAUGCCAAGAAAAGAAUUAGGAGGGUGGGUUGUCAACAUUGUUUUUGCUUUUCUAGGUAGCAGAUUGUGUUUGUUCCUGUGAUUUUGAUACCUGGGAGUUAUUGACGUUGCUUGUAUGUGGCCCAUGAUACAUUCACUGCUGAGGCUAGAAUACUUGCUCACAAAUCACUUGAGUCUCUUGUUUCCCCUUCAGCAUUCAACCUGUCUAUGGAGCUCAGCAUCCUCCACUGGAUCCCCGGCUUACUAAAAAGUGAGUAGCUUCCCUGGUUCUCAGAUCUUUAGCACUCAUCACCACAUGGUGCUGCUUUGCCCUGGGAAGAAGUCUGUUUUGUCUGUCCAGUUAUUUUGCUCUCUCCUGUGGAUUACCAGCCUCCAAGGCCUCGGUUUAGUUGGUGAUCACAGGAGCUAUUGCAAAAAGAGAAAAGUGGGGUGGAGAGAAAGGGAGCAGUACCAAAAAUGCUGAAAAUGAAAUUUAAUGGCUUAACAUACACUGCUGUGUUGUUGGAAUUUUGCUAAGUUUUACUUACAGUAGACCCACUGAAAUUAACAGACUUAGUCAGGAGAAGACAAGGCUAAGGAGUAAACCCUAUACAAAUCUGGAGUGGAGUUCCCAAGACAGUUGGAUGGCACCUUGUACACCUCCUUCCAACCAAGCUGGUGUCAAACGUAUUGCUCUGCGGAGUCUUGUUAUCUGGGCAGCCCAGGCUCUCCAUACGCACUGCCCAGGCUUGUACCCCAGGAAGGUCACUUAGGUGCUGAAAAUGCAGCAGUUUGACGUCACCCUUGGAAGUGCACUCCAUUGUCUCUCGAGACAGACAGAUGCCAACAAGAAGUCAUGUUCACUAAUUUCAGUUGGUUUACUCUGAGCAAAACUUAAUUAACUACCACCUAAUGUGUUUGAGCUAAACACAGGCUUUGGGACCAAGAAUUACAAACUACAUGAUGUCCUUUGUGAACUAAAACUCUAAGGAAGAACUUUUUAGAGUAGGAGAACUUGCAAGUAUUGCCUCAAUGAGGGAUGUUUUGUUUAAAUGCCUUGGAUGCCAUUUGGACCAAUAAAUUCCCCAUCAGGCACCAAUUUGAGCUUUACCUGUUUUUUGGCCCUUGAGUACUGGGCAUGUAAUGAGUUGGUGGCCCCAUUAUUAAGUCACUAUGGGAAGACAUUCCUAUCACAGUUGUUGCUGUUAUAUCCCAAGGGAUUCAUGAGUCAUGGAGUCUAACCUCCUUGUCAGUCUCUAGAGGGGAUUCUCCAAGGGAAAAAAGGAGGGCAAAGACUUUAAUGCUGCUAUCCAAGCUAUGCAGAGCCACCCUAGUUUAUGUGUUGCUUGUCUUUAUAUAUAAGCGAUUGUGGCAGUUUACGAUUAUAAAUCUAACAUGUGCCUUCCCCUGUGCUGAACAUCUCGCUCUCGUCAUGCUGUUGUGGAGUUUAUAAAUACAUUGUUCCCUAAAUCACAAUGUUUGCUAAUACUGAUGCAUUUUGAUAGCGGUUUUCAACUGUUGACUAUCACAAUCCUAUAUUCAUUCGAAUCAAUGACACUCUAGCCCAGUCUGUUUGUUUUUGAAGGGGGCCAUUGCAAGAUGAAUAUAAAAUUAUAGAACAACUUUGGAGCCAUUUGUCUAUCAUAGAUUCUUCUUAGUUAGUGCCAGUUAAGAGGGAGGGAUAUCUUGGGAGUGAAGACCACUUCUCUGGAUAUCUUGACUAAAAACCUUUGAUGAGAAUAUGCUAGAUUAAUUGAGUCUGAUCUUAAAUUUCUGUUGUUUUAAAGAGUGUAUCCCCUUCCUACCUUGGGAGGUGGAGAAGGGGUUUUUGCAAUCUGCCAGUGAAGCCCUGUUCCAGGUGCCAUCUCUUUCAGACAUUAGAUUGUUGUCAGCUAGAAGCAGAGUUUAUUUUGUGGUGGCCCCUGAAUUCUGGAACACUCUCUCCCUUGAGGCCUUGUUUUUAAUUUGACUGCUGUUGAUUUUAGUGAUCAGCUAGGGUAGGCUUAGUAUUGUUGCAUCUGAGUUCAUUCAAGCCUCUUAUGCAAACAGAUUAUGUCCUGAUUUACUACUUCCCUAAUGUGACUAAAAUCUCCUUCAUCAGAAACAUUACUUUAUGAAAGUUUUACCAUUUUCAAAGCAUAUCUCAUGGGUCUGAAGAUCUCACUGCUCUUUCUGCAUUUGAAUGUAUGGCUUAUACUCAUUAAUCUCUUUUCAGUGCCUAUUUGGACUGACUAUAUAAAUCUGUAAAUUUAAAUGAAUGAAACAUUCUUAAUGUCAGUUUCUGCUGAUGAUAUUUUAUUAUUUUUGACACAUUUGCAAAUAAAAAUUCUAAGAAAAGGUGUAACUUGGAUGUAAGUGGUCCCCUUCAACAAAGACAUCUUCAAGGAAUAGCAUUAGUUUUUCUGUAUUGCCUUUGUCUGGCUUACCUCUUGAACAUGCUGUUCUUGACCAGGCUUUCUGAAGUAGUUUUGAGACAUUUCCAUUUUCUUUGUUCUCAGCUUCUCUCUUGGUCUCCUUAACCUUGCUGGAGUUCAUGUGCUUUCUGAGUUUCUUGUUCGGACGUGAACUUUCUCUUUAUAGCACAAGGACUUUGACUCAUUUAGCUGAGAACAAAGCAAAUGCAGCUUAUGAAAGAAUAGUUGUGCCUGAUUAUGCCUCUCUUCUAUGUAUAUGUCAACCUGAUAGCAAAGCAGUAUGUUAUUGUGGCUACUUUCAAAUUGUAUGCCUGCACUUUUACUGUUCUCCAGGAUUCCAUAUGUGCUCCCUGAAGUUGAAUCCAGUCUCCUCCUUUGCUUUGCUUGCCAAGCAAUACUUCAGACUGGCAACCUUUCUUCAUCGAGGCAUUUGGCAGAAGCAUUUCUCCUCACUGUCCCAUGUGCCAAGACUGCAAAGCUCACUGGUUCAGACAUUGAACUUUGCACUUGGUGGAGAGCUUAUAGGAAGACUUUGCAUUCCUUCUCUUUACCCUGACCAGACGAGAAAGGAACUGUACCAUGGGAUGGAGAAGUGGCAGUGGGGGCUUGACCUGCAGAGGAAAUGGAAUCAAGUAGGGCAAAUUAGGCUAUAGGCAGGGGAAGGUGCGAUGCAGAGUUUGACCACAUUGCAUUAAUGCCAGCUUCCUUUAUUUUGUAGCUUCAUCAAGGAACGGUCAAAGAUCAGCACGCUACCCAUGAAGAAUAAGAAGGCCAGCAGUUUUCACGAGUUUGCCCGCAACACCAGUGACGCCUGGGACAUUGGGGAUGAUGAAGAUGAGGACUUCCCAUCUUUCCAGACUUUGAACUCUAAGGUGGCCAAGGCCACAGCAGCCCAGGUGCUGGAGAACCACAGCAGGCUGCGUGUGAAACCCGAGUGGCCCCAGGUGGCUCUGAAUGAAGCACCAACCAAUUGUAAGGUCAUCAAGUCCAAUAGUGAGGCCCAGCUGUCCAGAGCACCUGGUAAGGGCCCCCUGGCCUUUUUACCCUAUGUGAUCUUGUCAAAGGUGUGUGGGUUUUACAGGUCUGCACAAGGGUCACUUUGGGAGUCAAGUGCAGAACUUAGCAUUCUGAGGAUCUUGAAUUCUAGCCAAGGAAUGUGGAUGAUCUCUCUCUUAUGGCUGAAAAAAUAGAUUUGAAUAUGCGUGGUCAAUUCCUGUUGACACCUUGAAAGCUGGUGAGGGGUUGAGUUAGUGCUUUAUGGAGCUCCCUGUUUGCCUCAUUUUAGCAGGAGCAGAAUAAAUUAAUACUGAUAAUAUGUGACUUCUCUUGAUUUUCAUAACUCUCAUUAGUGGACACUGUUGUUGGUUGGUUGCUCGGAUAGGUGAAUCCUUCGUCUGAUCCAGUAGCAUCCUUCUUAUUCAGCUAGUAGAAAUUUGCUUUCGUUGGCACAGACUAUAUAGGUUACCUUGGUGUAGUUUUACAACACAUAUACUUUUGCAGAGUAUGCACAGAUCUGGUAUACUUCCAUGGGAUAAAAGCCUAGUGUCCUGUCAAAUCAGGCCCACUAUUGGGCACAGUUCUUGUGUUACUCCUUUUGCAAGUGAUUGGGGCAAGCUUUCUAUGAGUAAGCCUUCUUAGUUAACAAUGAACCAAUCUGAAUAGGGUUUACUGGAUGGGGGUGGGUGGGACCUAGAGCUUUGCACUAAGGACUUUGGAACAGGCAUGCAAGACAUACUCAAAAUAGUUUAGAUAAUAUGGACCAGACCUUUUUGUGAUGGUGCUAGUGGAGUAAGCAAAGCAUACUCUACUUUUUAGCUCUGAGAAUGUGCCUUCCUAUCACAGAACCACCACCAGAUGGCUCCAGAGUCCAUGUCUCACCUCCAGUUAUCUGCUGGAAACUGACUGGCCACUUGGCAUGGAGGUGUCAGUGGAAUUUGGGAUAGUAAACUGCCUUUGUGUUUUUCUGCUUCCUCCCAUAUGUGUUGAGUUGUCUGUCCAGCAUGUUAGAAGAGGAAGGAAGGAAGGAAGGAGAGCAUGAACAUUGGAGCAAAAGGAUUGACCUUGAGGAGAUGAUGGAUGGAGAGCAGUGAGAGCCUAGCUGUGUUUAUUGUUGGAGGACAGGUCAGAUGAAUCUUUGCCUCAGUAAUUAUGCAACAAAAAUGGUCUGAGAGCCAUCCAUGCAAACCACUGAGUGAUGCCUGUUCUGGAUAAUGUGGUAUUUUCUUUCACCACUACUUAUUAGCCCAGAAAAAGUGAGCAGGACUCCUGGAUCACUACUGUCCUGUGCUGCUAAAGCAUUGUUCCAGUUGAACUGAAAGUCCAAAUAUUACAUUAAAGGGAUUCCUUCUGUUCCACAGAACGUGCAGUUGAAGCAGAGUAGCUUCCCAGCAGGAGUGCAUGAGUUUAUAUUUCCUGCUCGUUGAGGUUGCGUUUGUAUGUUUUUAAUAAUAGCGUGGCAGGAAAAAAUUCAGUUGGUGGAGCUUCUGUCCCCAUUCAGUGAUGGGGGAGAAACUUCACAGGUGUGGAGCCUUUCUUUGUCGUGCAUGUUUGUGAAGGUGUGCAGACCUUAUUGGGAAUGGUAGUGGAUUCUGGAAGCUCCAGACAGUGCUUGCCGCUGCCCAGUAUGCUCAUGGCCUGAUGGACCUCUUUAAACUCUUUUAGAGGAUGCCUGUGUGUGCAACCCCCUCCACAAACAGCAAUCCCUCCCACUCCGACCCAUCAUUCCGCUUGUUGCUCGCAUCUCUGACCAAAACGCUUCAGGGGCUCCUCCCAUGACGGUGCGUGAGAAAACUCGCUUGGAGAAAUUCCGGCAGCUUCUGUCUAGCCACAACACAGAUCUAGGUGAGUCCAGGCAAUAAACUCAGAGGGUCCUGUUAGUUUCAGGGAUACCACCAGAGGGGGACGGCAGUGUGCUCCCCGUUUGGUUCCUUUCUCUUGUUUAGUAGUUUUCCGUUGAAACUGUACUCAGUAACUAGGAUAAGUGUGACACUCAUGUCUUGUUUUGUUGAGCGGCUAAUAAGCACUGCCUAAAUUGGGAAGUCAUCCCAGGCAUUGCGGAAUACAACUCCCAUAAUCUUUAUUCAGUAUGGCUAGUUGUCAAGGAUUAUGGAAGUUAGGUAUCAUGGCAUCUGCAGGGCACCAUAUUGGCUGCUCCUGGUUUAAAGAGUGGUGUGCGACUCUGAAUCAAUGGAAUAUAUUUAUUUUUUAAAAAACCUUUUCCAGUGCUCCAGGCUGCUUAUGCCAUGUAUUUGGACCACAAUUCUACACCCCUUUAUCUGGGAGAAAGCUGUAUUGCAAUCAAUGAGAUUUACUUCUGGGUAGACACAUAUGGAAUUGCAGUGCAAGUUACAUAAAUGUUUGAUAAAAAUACAAUUAAAAACCUAUAAUUACAAAAAAAGAAAAAAAAGGAAUCAUAAACACCAUCACCAUAGAAACCUACAUAUCUAGCAAAAAAGUCUUUCUCGUGGUUCUGGAACCUGCCAAGCUGACAGGAGUUGCUUUUCCUCCCUAGUGUAGAAAUGCCAGCCAAGCUACUGCGUGUGAAUAAACUUAACUGCUCUCCAUUUGCAGAUGAAUUGAGGAAAUGCAGCUGGCCUGGGGUCCCCAGAGAGGUCCGGCCUGUGACGUGGCGACUACUAUCAGUGAGUGCUGCUUCCCUAAGCUGGGGUGACUUGUGUACAUUUGCAAUCUAUAGAAUACAUAUAAACGACAGAGCUGGACUCUAGGGAAACAUGUCAGCUAUACUAGGCCCUGGUUGAGUUAUUCAGGUCUUUUUCAGCCUAGGCACCUGGGAUCCUUUAACUGGAGAGGAAUGUCUCUCUCCCAUAAACAUGAGAGAAUAAUACCUUUUAAAAACUAGGCAUAAAAGCAAUGGAGACUUAGAAAUAAGAGUUGCCUGUACGUUGUGCUGGUUAUACCUGGAAAAAACAAACAUGCUGCUGGAUUCCAGAAAGCCGCUUCUGCAAAAAGUGAGAUAUGAUGAUUGGCUUCAGAAACAUUUUUUUUUUUUUUGUAGCAGCAAGUGUUAAAACGAAGGUUGUUGGAUUCCAUGCAAGGUAGCCUUGAAUGUCCCUAAGAGUGAUGGGGGGAUUCUGGCAGGUGCCACUUCUCCCACCACACUUGGAUGGAAGGACUUGCCUUUGCUUAACCUUCUAUGAGAUUCUUACAGGGCUCCAACUUUUCUUUUACUGAAUCCUGCACUCCUGGUUAGAGCAUUUCUCCUGCAAACUACUUUCAAGCAUGCAUGUGUGUAGGGCAGUUGAGGACUUUGAGCACAGCAGAGGAAAAGGAGACUUGCCUUGACAGGCUUUUCUUUCUCCUACAGGGUUACCUCCCUGCCAGCAUGGAGCGGAGGAAGCUGACUUUGCAGCGCAAACGAGAAGAGUAUUUUGGUUUCAUUGAGCAGUAUUAUGACUCCAGAAAUGAGGAGCACCAUCAAGAUACAUACCGGCAGGUACCCAGCCCCCUACUUGCUGCUGCCUGCCCUUUCUUUCGCUUAGCAUCUGGGGUACAUUAGGAUUCCAUGGCAUAGGGCUUAGUCAUUCCACUAACAGUGGCAACAGUGUGCUUUUUACCUGUAACCUCGUCUCUUACCCUGGCAGACCCAUCCUACACAAAACAGCGUUUGUGGGUGUUAGUGGUCAGAAGUGAGCAGAUGUUAACUCUUGACCUGCCAAGAGAUCCUAGAGAAGAAAUACUUUAAAAAUUUACCCAGGUAUUUGAAGUGGCCUUUAAAAGGUGUUCUGCUUUCAAGCAUUCCAGAUACUCUGCUUUGUGUUCUAAAUGCAGCCUCUGUUGAAAGGAUUUUGGAUGAUAAGCCAGCAUGCUCUUUUUUAUUAAAGAAGGAGGAGCAAAACAGUUCUUCGGGAUUUCUGAAUGAGUCAAUAUCACCUCUUCCAUCUUAAGUCAUAGUUCUGCUUUGGCUUGAGGCAGAGAAAUAUUGCCUCUAGUGCUGCAAUUGUGCUAAUCAGCUUGGCAACCAUUAAUGUUCUCUGAUACAUAUAUAUUUUACAAUUGUCUUUCAGAUCCAUAUAGACAUUCCACGGACGAACCCCCUCAUCCCUCUGUUCCAGCAGCCACUAGUACAGGAGGUAAAAGGGGCCUUUUCUUUUUAGCUUUCCUGCAGUGUGAGUUGCCAGCCUGUGUUGAUGGGCAGGAAGUUUCUCCUGCCCCCCCAAAAAUAUCUAGCAUUUUCCCCCAGUCAGCUGCUUUCUGCUGUAUGCAUGGGCUUUUCUAAAAAAGAAAGUCAUAGCUGAUUUCAACCUCAGCCGUGAAAUUUUGUACAUUUCAUUCCAAAAGCAAAGUUGCCACCCAUUUCUUAAUUUGGUAUCUUGUGCAAAUUCUGUGCUCAAGCUGAACUCUCAGCUGAAAUGCAAGGUUUUUUUGCAGGAGCAAGCUCAGUUUGCAUGCUUUACUUACAGUUCCCUAGGGGUGGCAGGAACUGCCCUUUCCUUCAAGAUCCACAUGUAUCUGGAAACGAUAGAACUAGACAUUAGAUGAUGCGUGGCUGUCCAUGAGAUUCAGCCUUGAAUCUCAUUUUCCCUCUCUUUGGUAAUAUCUGGUAAUAAAAAAUAUGUGACAAGACUUCACCCCAUUAUUUUUCCUUAUCCCCCUACACAUCAUUGGAUGCUGGUUGCAGGGAUGUAGAAACGCAUAACAUGGUGACAGCAUGUCCUAUAUUUUGUGUUACUAGAUGAUGCAGGGAACAGAGGCGGGAAAAAUGUGGGACUGCUGUUUCCAUCUGCAGGUAUGCAGUACCCAUAAUAUGUAAUUCUGGGCUCAAUUUCAUAAGACUCCACAAUUUGAGUUGAUGUCUCCUAGGAACAGAGACUGCCAGCCUGUUACGCCAAGUGUGCUUAUGGCAAGAUAUCAUCUCAGUCCCAAAGGCACACUAUCAGUGUGUGUGUUGCAGAGUUGUGCAUGAAGUUUCGCAGCAACAAUGUGACUUGCCAGAGGCUAAAUAGUUUGUUAGUGGCAGAGCCAGGAAUGAGCUACAGCUUCUGUCUGAACCAGACAGAAUUGCAGGAAUUAAUAAUGAAAACUGACUUUUGCAGUAUAGCUCAAAAUCCUUUGACCGACCUAAUCCUGUUGAAUAUUUACUGAUGCUUGCAGAGCAUGCCAGUUCAGUCAAGUCUGAGUGGACUUAAUCCAAGUCCCUUCUGCACAGCGGAGAGACAGGGUUUGCAAAGAACCAGUAACUGACUGAUGUUGGAGUUUAUGAAAAUUGAUGUCUAAAGCCACAGGCCCUGCUAUCAUGCAAGCUUGAUUCACAUUUUCUGGUUUUUGGAGCACAGAAGCCCACAGUGUGUCCCAUUAGGGGGGAAAACUCAACAAAGUCCUGUGCUGUUGUCUUGAAAUUAAUAGGUUCAUGACUGUUCUGAGCUACAUUGUCAUUGCUACUGUAAUAUGGCUUGUUUGCUGGUGUAUGCCUCCUUUCUCCUUUUAGCGGACAAUGGCUCAUAGAUUGGGGGUUAAAGCAUUGUUCAGCCUGUGGCUUAAAGCAUUGUUCAGCCUGAAACCUAGAAUACUUCAUUGUUAACGUAGGUGGUAGUGCUGUAAAGCAAACUGUCAUGCUCAGAGUAUGAUUAACGAGAGCUGUCUAUUGUAAUUGUGCUGAACGCCAUUGCAGACCAAUCUGCUAAACUGUAAAAUGAAUAUAUGCAGGCUCCUUAAAGGAAUUUCCCCCCAAGAAAUGUAUGUCCAAGGUAAUGAGGAUGGCACCCGUCUUUAUAACAGUUUUGCAAGGUUUUUUUGCAAAUAGCGGCAAAUGCCCUCCAGAUCUGUUCUCUUGUGUUUUGUUAGAGGACAAGUCUUUAAAUCUGACAUUUUGCUUGCCUGCAAAUUUUGAUCCUAGUGGAUGCAAAUGGAAUGAGGUGCUCCAGCCAGCAGCCCACCAGUGUUCUGAAGGCAGGGCUCCUCAUCUUUUGGAAGUGCACAUGUAGGAAUUGUAUGAAACUUCAACCAUAGCUUAGGUUCUUGUGGAUUUCAGCUUUCUUAAGUGAAGAACAGCAUGUUCCUUGCCCAUGGUUGUGGACAUAACAUUUCAAAAACAUGCAAGCCAAGGCAACUAAAAACAAGAAGAAAACAAAAUCCCCACCCCAUUCCAUUGUUCAGAAUGCACACCUUGAAUGGCUGCUAGUUCCCCAUUGCCCGUUCCCCAUUGUACCUUCUUACGUUCCAUUAUCCAUAACACUUACUGCUCCUUAGCCAUGCCUGAUUCCUGCCGUUACAGCCCUUUGCAUUCAGGUAGCCAGCUCAGAAUAAAACAUACAAAAAGAACAUCUUCAGGUGUAAUUUUUGUAACUUUGCUGUGAUUUGUUCUCACUCAAAUGAUCUGUUUUCUUUGAAGAACUUGGACUUGUGUUUCUUGACACGUGUGGUAGCAGAUGACUAAGGGUUGUAUUCAUCAUAGUGCCAAUGAGAUAACUCCACCAGUACAACAAAUUACUGCUUACCCAACAAAACAAUCUCCCCUCUCCUCUCCCUCUGCACUGUCUUGGGGGUUCUCCUGAAGUCCCAUUGUGGUGGCUUCUGCUAACAAAGCAAAUUAGCUAAAUACAGUAUGGCCCUAAAUAUAUUGGCAGUGAUUCGGUAAGGCUGACUUGCAUGCUAGAGGAGGGUGUAGUGUGUUGAACUGGGAACACUGGGCUAUUACCAGGGUAGACUUUUUAUUCAUUGGGCAUUAUUUCUCUGACAGCAGCUCUCCAGGGUUUCAGGCAGAGAUAUUUCCCACUACUUGCUUACCUGAUCCUUUUUUAAACUGGAGGUGCCAGUGACUGACUCAGUGGCAGAUCACAGCGGCAUGUAGUCAUUUCUCUAGUUUAACCAUCUCUCAAGAUAUUUUCUGCAACAGAGUGGUUUGAAUUAUAGAAAAAUGUGGCAUGUUAUGUUUAGCAAAAUCAGAGGGAGGAAGCCUAGGUAGUGGGUGGAUUCAGCUCUUGAAUCUCGUAAGUGGAAACCGGAAUGAGGGCUCCCACUAGUGCAACAGGGCUUUCCCCCCCUCCUCCUGUGUCCCCAGCAGCCCCUGAGAUUGGCUCUGUGGGUGUCAGGAGAACCCCAGAGCAACAUGCAGGGGGAAAGAGGAGGGGACCGUUCCAUCUGGCAAGCUGUUGCACUGAUGGAACACUUGCCGUGAUGCUGUGUUGCUUUCCUUCCAGUUCCACCUACUAGAAGCACCCUUUAACUAGUUUUGGCAAAGCAUAUUUAGCAAGCUAAUCCAUCCAAAAGCUGUAAGGUCUGGCAGCUAAAAGCUGCUCCAGUUGCUGGGCUACGAAUAAAACUGCACUUUGAAAUCCUGUUUAUCCAUGGCAUUUUUCCUUAUGCAAACGAGGAUGAACCUGUUGCAAGCGCUUCCAGCUGGAGCAUGAGGUCUCAAAUAGCCCGUAAUUUGGGCAACAUCUCACUUGUUCCCUUCAAGCAAGACCACAGAUAUGAAGGAGAUCUUGAAGAAAAUCAAAUAAAUGAAAGCUGGCGAAAAAACUGGGUGGCAUUGUGUCAGGGCAACACUGGAGAAAUUUUUAUUCUACAUAUGCUUGUCAUCCUGGGAUCCUAUGGGAUAAAGGGUAGCUUAUGAAUAUAAAUAAAUAGAAGCUCCCUUUUUACUCUGUGCUUGGAUGAACUGCUGUCUGUAUGUUUCUCUUUCUUUUUUGUUUAAGAGAUGGAAACUUACAAUGCUUUCUUUAUGCAGAACUGAAAGUUUAAAUCUUUGGGAGGGGCACAGGGCUUCCCUUUCCUCCCUGUGGCUACAGUUAUUUUGGGGAGAAAGGGAAGGAAAAAAACUUCUGGCCUACCAUCUGCCACUAUGUGAACAUGGUGAAAGCAAAGUUAGAUAAUCCUCAGACUGCAUCUCGUUCCCCUCUGUUUUGAUGGCAGAGCAAUAAACGGAAACAUCUUUCUGCAGUUGUUUUCAGGGCAGAGAGCUCUCAUGUAAAGGAUGGUAAUUCUGACUUCCCACUGGCCUACAUGCAGCAUCUUACGCUGGUUCAUGUAUAUCCUGGCUGGCAAACCCCCAACAUGAAGGUGUUACCUAGCUACCCAAGCAAUCUUUCUGCCCCCCCCCUCCAAAGAUCCCAGCAGUUUGAGUGGCAGUGGCAAAAAAAGAAGCAACAACCCUGUGUCCUCUGUGUGUGCACGCAUGUGGGAGUUUAAGGUGGUCAUACCCAACACUGGUAUGUGGUUUUUGGAGAGUUCACCCAAGAGUACAUGUGGUUCUUGGGCCCCCAAAAGUGUAGCCACUCUGGUUGUAGUCUGUACUUCAUACUGGGUCUCUCUGCACCUUAGGCUGUGUGCAUUUCUAACUCUUUAUCGCACACUCUUCCCCCCUUGUGCUUGUCAGCCUUUCCACUUCUGUCUUUCCCCUGGGCAUGGCUAACUCGAGCACCUGGCUUUCCUUCUCCCUCUCUAGAUCUUUGAACGAAUCCUGUUUAUCUGGGCCAUCCGACACCCAGCCAGCGGCUACGUGCAAGGGAUUAAUGACCUGGUCACUCCAUUUUUUGUCGUGUUCCUCUCUGAAUAUGUUGGUAAGCGAUGCUGGAUGGCUGCAAUGUGCUCUUAGUGCUUGCUGAUGAAUACUCAAAUUGUCAUCAUUGGGUAAGCUCUGUCAUGCCAGAACUGCUUUGCUGUUGGCUGCUGUAGAAGCUAGUAGUGCAUAUUAAUCUGUUCUCACUUCUGCCCUGGAUUGGCUUUCAUCAGUUGCAUACUGUGCUUAACAGUGAAAACAGGUAUGGUUUUGAAUGCAUCUCUAACUGGGAUUUCUAGAAGGGCAAAACAAGCCAUUAGUGUCCGAAAUGCCACUAAGAGUAAUAGCUAAGCUGUGUCAAAAAUAUUUAAAUACUUUGCCAAGGAUGCCAGCAUCUUUCAAUCAGGAUGCAUUAUGCAUUGAAACGCCUGCAUUUCUGUGGUCCAAGGCAAGCCGUUCUCAUUCUCCUGUAAUUUUUAGAAAGCUGACAAAAUGACAUAAUGGCCAAGAUUAUUUUUCAUACUUAUGCACCUCUCAUACUUUCAUCCCAGGCAUUUUUAUAUUGUGACACCUGUAGAUGUUAACUCAUUUUGUCUUGUACAACCACCUCAUAUGGUAAGCCGGUUACCAUGAUCUGUCUUAGGAGCAGAAUGUGUUGUCUGCCCCCUCCCCCCAAAAACCUAAUUAAAGCCAUGUUUUCCAAAAGUUUUUUUAAAAAAAAUAAUAUUUAUUAAAAGUUUAAAGAUUACAAAAAAAGAAAGAAAAAAAGAAAAAAUAAACAAUACAAAUCAAUACAUUGCUAUACAUAAAAAAAGAAAAAACAAAAGACACAAUACAUCAAAACAAAAGCAAAAGCAAAAACAAUUAAAAACACAUCCAAUAUUUCCAUAUCUUUGUCUUUCAUUAACUUGUUUCAUCGACCUCCUCACACCUCCCUUUUUUGUGUUCUAGUUAUUAAUUAUUUCAGCAAAUCUUUUCCAUCUUUCACUAUUUUCUGUCAUAUAAUUGUCAUAAUUUAUUUUAACCUUAUCUUACCAUUAAUACCCUAAAACUUAUUUGUACUUAACUCCUUAUAACAUUUCUACUAAAGCCGUGUAAUUUCAUUCCAACAUUUUUCUAACACUCAUUAAUUUUACAAUGUUUCUAUAAAUAAAUUUUAAACUUUUUUCCAAUCUUCUUCCACCGUCUCUUCUCCUUGGUCUCGGAUUCUGCCAGUCCUUUCUAUCAAUUCCAUAUGGUCCAUCAACCUGGUGAUCUUCUGUCCAAGGCUCUUAACUCUUUUCCAUGUCCCUUCUGCAGAUCUUCUUCAUGUUUAUACAUGCACUUUACUUUAUCUUCUGCUGAUCUUAUUCUUAAUUUCCUUCCUUUGACACUGAGGAGUAGAUCUCGGGGAAGCUCCAACCUAACAAUGUCUUUAUUACUUCUCGACAGAUCAGCCCAUUCUCCAUAAUCAAAACUAGAGUCCAAAAGAUAUUUCAGGAUGUGUUUCAACUGGCUUUCUCUAAAUUCAGUCGUAGAAAGCAACAGCUUAUAUUCAUCAAAUUGUCUCUGUAAGACUGGGGCUCUUUCCACUUGUAUUACUUGAGGUUCUACAACAACUUUCUCCCUCGUCUUCUCCACAACUUGCCAUGUCGAAGUAGAUUCCUGAAUCGAUUCCUGAGUAGUUUCCAUAUAGAUAUUCACCUCUUGUCCCAAAUCAGUCAUUUUUUGUCCCAAAUUAUCAAUUUUAACAGUCAUCACAUCCAUCUUCUCAUGAAGCUGUUCCAAUAAAGCACUUAUCUUGCAAAAUGCAAUCACUAAGGCUUCUUCUGUCGACAUUCUUGUCCAAGGUCAAUCUCUGAUUCUCACGGUCUUUUAUCUCUGCAGCUGGAAAAUUCCCCAGCUCCACUCCUGCAACAGUUUCACAAGCUCCCUCUAGAGGAAACAAUUUCUAUUUGUAUCCGUCCUUUUAAACGCAGAUCCAGCAACAAAGUUAGUUUCAAUCUUUCAGUUACUUUUGCUCCUUUUUGAGUGCAAAAGGAAACAAUGGAAACAAUAUAUUUCUCUUAUUUAACUAUCUGUCAACGUACGUUUUAUUCACAGUCAAUGAACUUUCCCAAAACUUCGAUCUUACUGGCAGCCCGUUCCCAGGUUCAAAACGGUGGUAAUUUGUCUUUCUUCACUCUCUCUCCUGCAGGCUUAGGCGAUCUAAAAUUCUCCCCCUCUUCUCCUGCUUCCAAGGGGGGUUUAAUAAUUUUAACCGAUGGAAAUUUAAUCCUUUACAAAAGGCUCUCCAAGACUUUAGCUUGCAGCGUCUUUGCUCAAUCUAUUUACAAAAGAGGAAGGCGGACUUCCUGUUUGAAACCUUCCCGUUUCGGUGCCGAAUUAAGAUGUUUAACGAUCCAAUUUUCCGUUUUACUCACGGGUAGUUGUUUAAAAUCCAAUUGUCCACAGGAAAAAGUCAGUGCUCUCCGGCAACGGCAAUGCUGCUUCACUCCGUGAAAGAAGCAGUCGAUUCGAAGCACCGUGCCGCUCACCCCACAUCACUUCGGAUCCCCAAAACCGGGUUUCCCCGCGAGUAGGGGAGGCGCAAAAGGUGCCAGCCGAAUCCCACGUCCACAGGCUUCUCCCGCCUGUGGUUUUUAGUGGGUCUCCGCCUUCGCCGUGGCGGCCAGACCCUGAUUUCCACGGAGCAGAUUCCUCCCGAUCAGAGGAUUUCCUCCAUUGCCGGAGGCGCUAACCCAAACAUGUUUUCCAAAAGUUUUGAAGGGGGGCCUUCCUGUACACUUAACCUUCAGCAACCACUUGUGCACUACUAACGCCACCUUUGAACCUUGCCUUCACAUUCUGUUGCAGAAGCAACAAAAGAACAUCAUAAUGUUCAUAGUUAACAUCCAUUUUCAAUGCUAAAAUAAUUUUUAAUGUAAAACUAGAAAUGCAGGUAUUUGAAUAAAAUUUAUACAUUUCAAGCACCAACAGGAUCCUAAUACAUAAGUGUGUGCAUUAAUAAAUAUUUGGGUUUUGUUGGUGAUGGAGUUAUUUUGUGGGGACCCUUAUUGUGUUAAGAAUUGUAUCCUAAAAUUUAAGCAUGACAUGAAGGAAAGGAGUGAAUGAGCCUGUCUAGUAACAUGUCUUGCCCCACACAUGCCCAUUCGACUGCUUUGAUCUGUGAAACCUGGACUUUUACAAGUGCCACGCAAUGUUCGUUUAGCAUUUAUGAGGACUCUUAAUUUUUAGCAUGGCAGCAGCUGUGCUUUGGGACUUCCUGCCUAUUGACAUUAGGCAGGCACCCUUGCUGUAUUGUCUUGAUGCCUACUGAAAAUGUCUUUAUUUCAGCAAGUCUACCCAAUCAUAUAAUUGAAUUACCUAUAUUUGUUUUGAAAGAUUUACUGGUUUUACCUCUCUGUAGCAGUGAUAAUUAGUUUAUAUCUAUUUGCUUUUUAAGGUUUGUGAGUUUUAGCUGGGUUUUAUCUAAAAUUCUAUUAUGUACACCAUUUAAAGAACUCUUUGAUUAUGUGGUGUGUGAAGCUUUCCAAAUACAGUUUAGAAAUAAGUUAAAGAGGUUGCAUAGCAGUAAUAAUUUUUGGGAGGGGGAAAGCCUCUGAAAAUGAAGGAGAACCUCCAUGUUGUGUGACCCACCUACAACCCAUCAGAACCUACCUACCUGUGGCUUGGGCUCCUCAGUUUGAGAAUUUCUGCUUUAAAGGCUUGAGGGUAGGAAUGCUAGAUUGGGUUUUGCGUCUGAAGCAAGGAGCUGGCUAAGAAAUAUUGGGACAACAAAGCCAUGCUAGACCGGUACUCUUGCCCCUUUUGGGCUCGACUGCAUGCCAUUCCCUGUACUUUUGUUUGUGGAUGCUCCUCCUUGACCUACUAGUCUUGAUAGCUGUCAUGAACCACCUUCUGCUGCACACGAAAGACUAGCCUUUUAUAACCUGGAAACCCAAUUUCUGUAGCUUCACGGUGAGAGCAAGAAAUUAUGUAUUUUGCAAAUAUUGUGCAAACAUCUGAGCACAAAUGAGGCCAUUGAAUAUUGGUAGAGAUGAGGAUUUGAGGCCAUGUUAGAUACUCCACCCUAGUUGUAAUCAGAGGAGAAUAUGAAAUGGAACUUCACAAAUGGCUGUUUGGUAAGUAAGGGCAGGGAGUUGGUAACUACGGCAAAAACCAAGUUCCAUGGUUAUUGGUGCAGUUGGCCAUACAGUAAAUAGGCAUCCUUGUUGAUUGCUAAUGCUAUAAAUGUGGAUACUAAAAACAUCUUCAGGUUUUCAUCAUGUUCUUUCCUCCCUGCUUUUUAAAUUGUCAUGCUGACUUCACUCAUUCCAAAUUCAGGGAUGAGGAACUCAUAACUAUCCAGAUAUUGUUUGACUCCCAUCAGCUCCAGCAAACAUGACCAAUUGUUAGGAUUGAUGGGAGUUGUAGCCCAGCAACAUCUGGAGAGCCACAGGUUCCUCAUCCCUGACAUACCGUAUUUUUUGCACCGUAACACUCACUUUUUUCCUCCUAGAAAGUAAGGGGAAAUGUCUGUGCAUGUUAUGGAGCGAAUGCCUAUGGGUGGCGGGGGGGGAUCUGCUGCAGUCGUGAGCAGAGGAUCCAUGGUUCCCCUUCCUUCCCUCCUCCGUGGCUCACUUUGAAACAGCAAAGCGGGAGAAGAGCCGCUGAGUGGGGAGGAGAGAGGGACAGAGAGCCUGCUUGCUUUAAAGGAGCAAAGCGGGAGAGGAGAGGAGCCGCUUACACGAGUGUAAGCGGCUCCUGUCCGGUUGGCUCCUUUAAAGCAAGCAGGCUCUCUGUCCCUCUCUCCUCCCCACUCAGCUCGCUAAAUAGCAGCAAAGUUUUUCAGCUCGCUAAGCCGGGGAUGAGCGGGGAGGAGAGAGAAAAGCAGAGCCUGUUUGCUUUAAAGGAGCAAAGUGGGAGAGGAGAGGAGCCUUCUCCCCUUAUACCCCUCUUCUUCAUUAUUAGCAGCAUCCUUCUCCACCCACCCCACGCAUGCUCCUUGUCCCUUGAGUGCUUUUCCUUCCCUCCCCACUUAAAACGUGGUUACAAAGCACGGAUUCACAUGGAUCCUCAGGAUUUUUGCACUGGGUCACCCCAAAUUCACCAUCAGAUCACAUAGCAUGUCCAUGGCUACAUCUUGCACCAAAAAAAUCACGCACCCACUGUUGCCUGGGGCUGCAGUAGUGCAAAAACGUGGUUACAAAGCAUGGCUCCACAUGGAUCCUCAGGAUUUUUGCAUUGAGCUACUCCAAACUCACUGUCAGAUCACAUGUCUGUGGCCACAGCAUGAACCACAAAAAUCAUACAUCCACUGUAUCGUUUAGAAUAUUUUUUUCUUGUUUUCCUCCUCUAAAAACUACGUGCGUGUUAUGGUCUGGUGCGUGUUAUAGAGCGAAAAAUAUGGUAGAUGUUGAGAAGCAUGGGAGACAAGAUAGAACAGUAUGGAACCCCAUAGCAUUAAUGCUAUAGGUCCAAGUAGUAUCCCCUCAGCACCACCUUCUGGAAUCAGCAUUCCAUAUAUAAAUGGAACCAGUGGAAUACUACACUGUCAGGACCCAACCUGGAGAGCCUGUCUAGAAGGAUAUCCAGCUGCCAAGAGGCCCAGAAGAAUUAGCAGUCACAUUCUCUUUGUCUCUCUCCCAAUUUGGUCAUCAUUAAGCAACCCAAGCCUUUCUGUGCCUGAUCCGGGCCUGAAACCAGAUUGAUUCUGUUGAUCCAUUUUAUUCUCAUCUAGAAUUGCAUGCAUAGCAUCAGAAUUCAAACUGGUGCUUCAAAGUUCUAAAUACCAGCCGCUUCCCUGGCAGCUCACAGUAGCAACUUUUUCAUUUCUUUUUUUCUUUUGGCUACUCUUGCCUGUAACAGGCUUCCUUAAAUAGCUGCUUCUUAUCUGUGGUUUGAGCUGUUUCUGUACACAUUCAUCCCCUAAUGGCACAGCCUGCAGCAUAGAUGGCUGAGUCAGCAAGCCAGCAGGAUCUCCCCGGGGAAGCAUUUUGUGUGGGAAAUGACUGCUUUGUUUGGAGGCAGGAGUUCUUAAGCCCUUAUCUCCAAAUAAACUCUUGCUUAUGCAUUUGUGCUGACACCUGUGCCUCUUAAUAUUGGAUUUACUGGUCUCUCGUAGCAUCUGUCCUCAGCAAUGCAUUAACCUUGGUCUGCCAGGUCACUGCCACUCAUUAACCCCCCACUCCUGGGGGUAAGUGUUGUGUUCCCAGCUGAUGUCCUCAGCCAAUUUUUGUGAUGGAUUGAGAAGUGUCUCACGGAAAGGUCUGCUUCUCAAUACAUGUGUAUGACCAACUGUUGCUUUUUGGGAGGGGACAGUCAUUCAAGAGCCAUACAAGGAUUUUGAAGCACACGCAUCUGGGCAACAUGGUUCAGUUGACAGAAGAUGGCAUUUUGGAAAGCACCCAAAGAUAUUGGUUGUUGUGGAGCUUUUAUCAAUGAGAUAUUCUGCAUUGAGAACUGGGCACAUCUGGAUGCCCUCUUCCAAAAAGGACCGGAGAAGAUCCGGAACAAGGCAAUGGAGCCAUUGUCCUUAGACACGACACACAGAAAGGAUUCUAGGAAGUUCUGCCCUACAAUAUAGACAAGUAGUCAUGGCUGCUUUCACCUUUCUGAAAUUGCCUUUCCAUGAUUCCUAGUGAGUCGCCUGACCACUGACCUGCAGCAAACUCUGUCCCCUGCGCAUUUCCUCUUUCUCUUGUAUGCUGCCUCUUCCAAAGGUGAACACCAUUUGCUUGCUGCACAAGCCCAGCUGUCUUUGUGAGAUGGCAGAGCACUUCUGGGCCUCUGCCAGGGACAGAUCUAUAUAUGGUGUCUGAUGCUCCCAUCAGAUCAAUGGUUUUAGCCGAAGAUUGCUGAGCACUGCUUGUUUUAGCUAGUGCUGUCUGACAGGAUGGCUUAUGGGAGUUGUCAGGGCUGCAGCUGCAGAGGAUAUUUAGCAUCCUACAGGUUGAGCUAGUGCAGGCUGCCAAAGGUCCUAAACCAGCAGGAUAGUGGUCUUUUGGAAGAGAUUUUAGGGUUGCCUUAAAGAUGCAUAUACAAGUGAUGUCCAGCACGGACAGCAUCUUGCCCAGCAAAAGCAAGGUAGGCCUGCUGGGAUAUGUGUGUGUUGGUGGGAAUCAAGGACUUGAGUUAAUGGGCAUUAAAAUGGCAAAUGGUAAUUCACUAUAAGCAAGUGUAAAGUAAUCCACAUGGGGGGGGGACACCACCCUUAUUUUGCAUAUAUGCUAAUGGAGUCUGAAGUGGCAGUGACUAACCAAGAACAAGACCUUGGGUUUGCAGUAGAUAGCUCAGUUAAGAUGUCAACCCAUUGUGAAACCCAUUAAGAAAAAGGCAAAUUCCAUAUUAGGGAUUGUUUAAAAAGGGAUUUAAAACAAAAGCAGCAAUGUCACUAUGCAAACCUAUGUUGAGGCCACACUUUAAAUGCUGUGUGCAGUUCUGAUUUCCUUAUCUCAAAAAGGAUCAUGCAGCGUAGGAAAUGGGGCACAGAAGGACAACCAAAAUGAGCAAGGGGUUGGAGCAAUUCCCUUUUGAUGAAAGGUUACAGCAUUUGGGGCUUCUUAAUUUAGAGAAAAGGUGACUAAGAGUCAACAUGAUAGAGGUGCAUAAGAUUAGGCAUGGUGUGGAGAAAAUGGAUAAGGGAGAUGUUUUGCUCCCUCUCUCUUAAUACUGGAUGCCAGGGUCAUUCAGUAAAGCCAAAUCUUGGAGGAUUCAGGACCAAAAUAUAGGAAGUGCAUAGUUAAACUAUGACAUUCGUUCCCACAAGAUGCAGUGACGGCCACCAACUUUUAUGGCUUUGAAAUGGAUACCAGCCAUAACUGUUUUGCCUCUAUUGUUGGAGGCAGAAUGCAUCUGAAUAACAAGUGUGGAGAGUGCUAUUGCACUCGGCUCCUGCUUGUGGGCUUCCCAUAGGCAUCUUGUUGACCGUUGUGAGAACUGAACUAUAAAUGACUCUUGGGCCUGAUCCAGCAGGGCUCUUUGUAUGUCUUAAAAUGUGCCUAAAUGUAACACUCAAUUCAGCUAUCUGAUCCUUGGGGAAAAGUACAAAAUGUCCAGGUUUUCUUCCCCCAAAGCAACAGUUCAAAGAAUCAGGACUCUCUUAAUGCCCUUUUAAAUUACAAUAAUUAAAUGCCAGUGCAGUUGAGAAUUAAUGGCUUUUUGUGUGUGGUCCAUCUUCCCCUGACUCCAGAUCUCAUAAAUUCUCCAAUGUCUCUAUAAAAAAAAAGAAUAUUUGUGACCGCGCAAGAUGCGAGAAUGUAAAAGAGAAGACGAAAUAAAAUAAAAAAAAUUCCCCAGUCAAAGUACUAUAAAGAAGAGAAUGUUGCAUUGAUUCAAUCUUUUGUUUUUGGGUGGGGUGGGGGGAAGCUGAGGGACACUGUAGUGUAUGGAAAUUACUUCCUAUUAUGCAUUUCUGCCCUCAUUGUUACUUCCAGUUUGCUCUAACCACCUAAUUGUGUCUAUAAUUAGAAACUGAGUACUCUUAAAUUACAUUUGAAAAGUCAAAUUCUACUGUCCUUUCCCUCUUUCUGGUGCCUUGGUUGGCACAACUAUCUGCUGCUGGUGUACAGGACAGGUAUUAAUCCUAGAAUGACAGCUUGCCUGCCUGUAUUGCUGUCUCGGUUAGUGCCCAUCUGGCAGCAUCCUGAGCCAUCACUUUUGUUCAGCACUUUUGUGCUGAACUGAAAGUAAACAAAGCCAGCUGAGUUGAUGCCUUCAAAAUGCAAAGAUCAUUUUAAAAACAACAUACGUAACUGUGGCGAUGUCAUAGUCUAAAUGAGCAGUGGAUGCGUUCCCAGUAAGGCAGGAAGAAAUACAGUACAACCUUUCUUUGGCAAUGCCCUGUGUGUUUUAGAAAGCACCGGCAGGCAGAACCAUGAGCUGGGCUCUCGUUCUGGUGUCAGUUAACUCCACUUGCUAGUUCCCAGCAUGAUCUUUGGGUUUGUUGGUUGAAUCUGAGUCCAAAGAGCUUUCCUCUCCCUGGCAGCCACGUACAUUGUGAGCCAGAGAUGCGGAUACUAAUUUACUCCUAACCUGGCUGCAGCGUGCCCCGUGAUGUGGUGUCAAUCAUAGCCCCAUUAGACACUUCUUCGUGCCAGCCUCGAGUGACUGCUGCAAAGCUGUUGGCUGCCUUUCAGCUCCUGUCAGAGCCAUAUGUUGGAUAUCCAGGUUCUUUAUGUGGGACCUGUCGAAGGUUCUUACAGAACAGAUGUUCGUGUUGAGCAAUAUGCUUGAGAGAAUUUUCCAAAGCUCCUCAUUUGCCAGGACUCUUGGCUCAGGUUUUUCAAUGCUGAUUGUGCUCUUUGCACUGAUGGCCUCUGUUGGGGAGUGGGGAGCUCAGAUGGAAGUGAACUUGCAGCAUUUGUCUGUCUUCCAUAAACACCACUGUCCCUACUUUCAGAUUUCACACCAAACCAUGGUGGUAUAUCAUGAAUAAGGCAUCUAAGUGCUGGGUGGAGAUUGGAAGGUAAAGACAGUCCCUGCCUGCAGACUUGCAAUCUAAAAGACACAGUACAAAAGAGGUAGAAGCAAGCAAAUUGAGGCAACCUGUUCUGAAAGUAACAAACGUUAGCCAGUAGCAUCCGUUCUGGACAGGUAGACCUCCCUGCCUUUAUACUCAAAUGCACAAACAAGUAGCCCUUGAACCCCUAGCAGAUGAUAAAGGUCCAAGUUGGCUUCAGCUCUCAAACCAGGGUUUGCAAAUGGCUACCAAAUUAAGAUAUCAAGUCAUGUUUUGAAGCUGGUUUGCAAAUGCUGGUUUGCAUGAACUGUGGUUUUCCAUUCUAUUUGAAUUCACAAAGCAUUGACAAACCACAUUUAUGACCCAUGGUCUGUCUCGAGAGGCUACUGCAUCAUGGAGAGAGAGGUGUGAACUGAACAAAGAUGCAUUCUGAGCAGAGAAAAUGAAACCAGACAAGGAGCUCUCCAAGUAAUGGUUUGCCUAUUGUAAAUUUAGAAGCUCAACCCAUGAAGUGGGUUUUUAACCACCGUAGGUGUAGUACAGCCAUGUACCUCCUUGUUUUGCUGACUACCUCUUUGUACUGAUAACUGGUCCAUUUAUUUAUUUUUUGAUAGAUGAUUCCAUUGAUUAAGAUGAAGAUGAUACUAGCCAUGUUUGAAUAAGAUAGGCACAACAUUUUUGCUUACAUAUGCAGCCCCACCUCUCCUCCCCUUGAUACUUGUAGGAAUCAAACCAGGAAGUAAUUUGAAUCAAGAAGCCCUGGUUACUGGAUUUGGAACAAACCAGGAUAUUAACUCUCCAAGGCACAGUUUGACUACAACUCCCUUCAUCCCUGACCAUUGGUUAUGGUGGGUAGAGGUCUGUGGAGUUCAACAACAUCUGGAGGGCCACCUCUGAUCUAAUGGUUCAUUUUCACACUACACGUUCCAGUUUCUUUUUUCCUGUUCAACACAUUCUUAGAUUUAGCUUCUGGGCAGGCAUCUUCUAAACUGAUACAGAGGAUAUUUCUUUACCUACUACCAUGAGGAAUUUUGAAUUUAACAGGUGAUCCAUUAAAUCGAGGGUGGCCCUCUAGAUGUUGUUGGGAGUUGAAGUCAAACCCCUUUCUUUGAGACGUAAUACUUUGUGUUUGAUACAGCUCUGACAAACUUGAAAAGUCUGGAAGAAAGGGAUUCCACAUUCCCUGGGAAUUUUAAUUCAUCGCAGAGCUCUCCUUAACAGUUAAGAAGGUUAUAUGCAUACAUGCAUAUCUUUAUCUAUCUAUGUAAAUCUGCUUUGUAAUUUACUCAUUUUCUCCUGUUCACUAGAGCAACAUUUGAGAACAAUUGUUACCCCUCUUCCUCUGAGAUUCUUAAAUACUGAACACCCAAGCCACUUUCCUUAACCUUCUUUUGUGUUCUCAGGCUUUCUGCUUAAGUAGUCUGAAAAGACUGUAAAAGGAAAAUGGCUUCAUUUCUUUUCAGUGUUCUUUCUAGCGCUUUCUCGUAGCUGAAACAUUUUCAAGUUCUCAACGCCUUUGUUAAACUGUGAUCCAUUAUGGUGAACACAGCACUCCAAAUGAAGCCUUAACAUUGACAAAUGGAGUGAAGCCGAGUUCUUGAGGUGUGGAAACCAUGUUCCUGUUAAUGCAGGCUAGCAUAGCGUUGGCCUUUUGAGCCAAUGCACCAUAUUGUUGGCUUGUGUCUCUGUGCAAGUUUUUGUUUCCAGGAAAGUAUAAAAUGCAAAGUAGUAGCAAAGAAAUCAGUAUGUCUUAACCAUUUGCAGCUGGAAUGAAAAUAAAUAAAAAUGCUUCUUCUGCUCCUGUUUAAGAUGUUAUUCCGAGUUCUGAAACCAGUUUCUAAGAUACUGAACAUUUUUUAUUUAUAGUCACCUCUAUAGCUGUAUUCUUUGUGUACAAAUUCUUAAAUAAGGCAGUUCUCUAUUUAGAAUUAAUAAACUGUUGUGUAAACCAUAGUGCAGAAUAUUAUAAAACUUGAACAUUAUUGGGUUUUAGAAAUAGUGAUUUAGAAUGCUCUUAGUGCUCCCUACAACUGCAGCUCAGUAAUAUUAUCCCCAUAUUUCAUAUUGGGGGUGGUAGUGGUUAAAACUAAGCAUGGAAUUCAAAGUAGCACUAAGGAGAUUCACUCACUCCAUGCUAGCAUUUCUGCUUGUCUCCCUCCUCCCUCCACAACCUGUUCUACCAGUUCCGCAAACACUCCAGAGCUGAUCUGGUGGGCAGGGGAAUCCCUGCUGCACUAGUGGGACUCGUUGUGCUGGCUCCUGCUAGCACAACAAUUUAAUUGAAUCUGGUCCAAAGAGACUGGUUUACCUGAGAUCACCUGGAAAGUUUGUGGCCGGGCUAUGAUUUGAACCAGGGCAUCCUAGUUCAUGCUUUGCCACUAUUUUACACCGGCAUGCAAUUUUGUUCACUUGAAGAAGGCUUCAUAUGAUCCAGGCUUCUACCAGAGCUGGACCCUAAAACUCAUGAAGAAGCAAGUGAAUGCGCAGAAACCCUUUUCCUUACUAAAUGCAGAGCCAAUAAAUCCGUUAAUUAACCACUGCCUCCACUUUCUGAAUUAAGGGAAAGAGAUUCUGGAUAGGGGUGGACUCUUGAGAUUAAGGGCUGCUCCACUUGUGUGUGCACCUCUAUGUAUGUAAUGUGUGUAUAAAGUGUUAAGGAAUGUGGCACACAUCCCCUGCACACUUGGAGAUGCAGUAGACACGCACUAGGGAACCGGGAGCAUCUGUGGCUCCCUGUCAAGUGUUCAUGGAGCGUUUGGAGAUGCGCAGCAUCGCUUCCCACCUCCUAUGUGUUACUUGUUUCCAUGACAAAUGCUGCUACACUGCAGCAGCCACAUAGGGCAUGUGAGGCCUGUCUGAGCUUUACAUUCCUACUGCCACGGGGCUUGUUAAUUUAGGAUUGUUACCUUCACUCGGGUUAUUGAUAUGCUGCACCCCAGCUUUGGGGUCCCAGAAUAAUGUAGAAAGUGUAGGUCCAUAGAGCACAGGGGACUUGGAGUCAUACCCUGCGAUUUAUUUGCACUCCUGGGGGUCUUUGUCCCCAUAGUCAGGACAUUCUUCCAUACAUCAUGCCAGAGGACUAGCUGAGAGAUGGGACCCCAGAGCGCUGGGUGCAUAUUGCACAAAGUGCCAUGUGGUCCCUGUCUCAUGGGUUAGUGGAAUAAGCUAUGAGUGUGCAUCAUCUGUUCACCAAUGUCAUUCCUUGGCCAAUGAUGCUGCAGGGAGAAAACAGCCUUGAUUAUUUUGUGGCCUAGUUCUUACAGACAAUAAAUGUGGCAGUAAAGCUUGCAGUGGACUGAAGUACUUCAGGCUACAGUUGGGCUCACAUGAUGAAAUUCUUGCUCCUUCAUUAAAAAAAAAGUUAAUACAUGUCAACCAUACAUAGCAUGUUGGAGGUAAUAUUCCUGGGCAUGCUAGCUUUCUCUGUGUAAGGUUUUACCAUUUUAUUUUGCAAGGAGGGAACAUUCCAUCAUUUGAUUUCCUUGUCUUCAGUCUGACAUAGUUUUCCUCUUUGCCUACGGUUUGCCAGAGCCCACAACUUAACUUUAACCUUGGAUUUGCCUGUAUAAACAGUUGUGAUUGAGUGUAUUAUUUAUUAAUUAAAUUUAUGCACUGCCCUUCCUCCAAGGAUUACAUAACAUAAUAACAAACAAAACAAUAAUGCGCCCCAAACACACACAGUUUAAAAGGCCAUAGAAAGGUUUCAGAGAAGAGGAAUGUUUUUGCCUGGCUCCUAAAGAUAUAUGAAGAAGGUGCCAGGCGAGCCUUCCUAGGGAGAGUAUGCCACAAACCGGCAGCCACUGCAGAAAAGGCCCAGACCUCUUGUGGUCAUCAGAUGAUUGCCAUAUCUGGGUCGGUUCAUAUAGGAAGAGAUGGUCCUUGAAGUAUUGUGGCCCUGACCCUUUUAAAUGAUGCUGAAUGCCUAAAGGAUGGUGGUACAACUUUUUCCUCCUCUGAAGCCCCAUUUAGAGGUUAUACUCAAUGCAAAAGAGCAAUGCACGAGAGCGAGGUUGCACUGAAUAGGCUUGGCUCCUAUGUUGCACACCAGCUAGUUCCUACCUUUUGGCAUCCAUGUACGCAGCACAAAUAUCUGAAGAAGGGAGCCUCCUGUGCAAAGAGGUGGAUGCCAGGGGUGUGUGGAUGCCAUGUCAGUGUUGGUGUGUAUUAUGUCAGGCAGUGGGGCUCCUUAGCAUAGUCCUACUUACACAUUAGUCCCACAAGUGAGUGUAACUGCUGAGCAGUGCUUGGAAAGUUCGUUUUAAAAAUAAAUUGGUUCCACUUUACCUCCUCUAAAAAGGAAUUGGUUCCCAUUCCAGUUCCCCUCCUCCAGAAAGGAACUAGCUUCAUUCCCACCCAUUUCAUAGAUAGUCCAUUUAGUCCUUUGCAUUUUUUUUCAGCCUAUGGAAUUUUACAAACUGUUCUGCUAAAGUCUAAAAUAUACUUCAGACAAGUAAAAAAAACACUCCGUAAUGCGAUCAAUUGUUUUAUUUAUUUCCCCCCAACAAUUAGAAUUUUUAAGCUUAAACAGUAGCAUCACUUUUCAUAGAGGUAUACAAAUGGUAAUUGCAAUGAAACUCUUACAUAUCUAGAUUUACAGUACAUAAAAUUAUUUACUCUCUAGGCUCAUUGCUUUUUUUUCUGGGGGGGACGCAUACCUCUAAACAUUUUGUGAAUCUUUGUACUUUUGUCCAUUUACUGUAUUUAUUUUUCCCAAUUUGAACUAUAAAAUGGUGAUUUUCUUGAGUCAAAGUGAGAGUACCCCUAAACAUUUUUUAAAGAAAAAAGCACUGUCUAGACUUAUUACAAAAUUUAUCAAAUGCAUACCUAGUAUACCACCUACCACCCUUUAAUCCACUCUACAGGGAGGCUUACCAGUAGUAGGCCACAAGGCAACUGAGAAUCUACUCCAACCUUAAAGGGCUAGAAACAGCAGUCACAUCUGCACCAUACACUGAAAGCCACUUAUAUCACUUUAACAGUCAUUGUUGCACCUCAAAGAAUCCUGGGAAAUGUAGUUCAUUAAGGGUGCUAGGAAUUGUAUUCAGUACCCUUAACAAACAUCAUUUCCCAGGAUUCUUUGGGAGGAAGCUAUGACUCUUAAAGUGGUAUUAGAGUGCUUUCAGUGUGCUGCUGGCAUAGAAUGAUCAUUUGCUUCUUAGCCACUGCACUAACUACUAACCUGAGUCUAGCUUCAUUCUGCAGGAACAUCUGACCAGCAACAGCCAAAGGUUUUGGUCCCAGACUCAACAAGGUGCCCUUAAACCACUGUGGGUUCCUGCCCAUUGAAAUAAUUGAACCAAAUUUUAAGAUGCCCGAAGUGCUACUUGAUAAUUAAGUGUGCAAACUUGAAAAUUACAACCGCAGAGAUUGCAACCGCGGAGAUCUGUGUAAAUUAAAAGCUUUUGUAUGAUUUCCAUAAGACAUUUCAGUCUGAAAUAGGGCAUCACAUCAAUUUUCUCUCUCUCAUUCACCAUGACAGCUCUCUUUAUUUCACAAAUAAACAGAGAGGAAACAGUAUGAGCUAAGGACAGUAGAGUAUAGAGUGCAAACCAAGAAUGAAAAACAAAGAAGUUUGUGAUUUGCUUGAGAUCAUCACAUAAUCAUCCAGUGGGGAAGUUCAGCUUUCGAUAACAUCCUGCCCAGAAUCCUUCUCUGUUAGGUUUUACUACUAUCUCCAGCCUUUUCUCAAAAGAAUAGGACAGUUUUCCUAAAUACUGUUGGUCAUUUCCUGUUUUACAUAUUUAAGAGUCUCCAGUCUUUUAGCUGAUUAAAAUAAACCUUGUAGUGUGAAGUUGCCAAAGUUUGUUCCGCCCUAGAAUUUUGAUUUAAAUGGGAGCUUUUUUUAAUUAUUCAGAGGGCGUCAAUAUUAAUUGGAGUAGAUUUUUAAUCCAUGGAACUGUAAGCAAAGGGUGCACUUUUUAAUUUUGUGAGACCGCUUUGAUUCAGGUAUGUUACUGUAUUAGGUGAUGGAAAAGAAAAUAUUAAAAAUGGCCUUCCCUCCUAACAGUGAGUGGUAGGCUUUUUGAAUGAAAUCAUAGUGUAUGUUAUCUCUCAAGUGCUUCGACUUUCAAAAUGGCACCUGUAGUGCUGUACUGAUAAUAUUAAAAGGCAGUCAACUGAUCAAGUGCAUUGCUGAAUGGCAGGCAGCCGCAAGUUAAACCAUCCCACCUACCUCACAGCAGACAUGCAUUUAGCCACACUCCUUUCUUGAGCUAGCGCUGCUCCCUUUGACUCUGCAAAAAGGGCUCUCCUCUCCUGCUGGGGUCCAAAAUUAACUGGAGCUGAAAAGACUUGGAAGAGCCUGUUUCAAUGAGAUUCCUUUAAUGCCGCUAGGCUGGUUGCGGUGAAUGGCGCUUUCCUUUCAGGUUUGAUGGGGGAAGCGGAGGGGUCUCUUUAUGUGAAGACAGUCCAUCAUCACUGCCGACACUAAUUGCUUAGAGCUAGAUUUAACUUUCAGACCUUUGAUGGGUAAGAAACUGUUUAAGAGCUGUUACGCUUUUGAGAGUCUGCAGAGUCUUUUCGUGAAGCUGCAAUUAGUGUUGAUGACAAUGUGCGUUUCAAAGACUCAGGGUGGGCUGCCUGGGAGAAUCUCCCAUCUCUCCUUCCCUGACUGCCAUUGCCAGUUAGUCGCCUGCUGCCAUCUCCAUUACCCUAAUGUGACUCAUACGCUGUUUGCUGCUGGGCUGCCACAGCAUUGGUGCCUUCCUGCUGUUCAGUGAUGUCUCCCACCCCCACCCCCACCCUGAAGCUGGAAUGGUGGUGUUUGGGAGAGGUAUUGGUCUGAGGGUAAAGACAAAAGCUUGUGGCCCUCCAUCUACAGCAAUUAAUACUUUAAGCUCCAAAUAGCUGGCAGGGCUAUUACACAUUAUUGCCAUAGAGCAUCUCUGUGCAGUUUAAUCCCAGACAUCUUCAGAUAGGGCUAGUUAGAGGUCCCUGUCUGAAAUCUUGGAGAGCUGCUGCCGGUCAGUGCGAACAUUACUGAACUUGAUUGACCAAUAGUCUGCCUCUAUAUAAGGCAGCGUCUGACACUCCUAUGUUGCUUCUUGAAUCAAUAAUACCGUUGCUCCUUCACGCGAUACCAAACUUAUUCCAGUUUUACUCAUUGUUCCAGGGCCAGUCCUACCAUUAGGCAAGGCAGCCUCCUCAGGUGCUUUCCUCAGCUAUUCGCCCCGAACCCCCUCCCCAGCCAUAUUCUUCUGUAGCCGCACACCCUGUCCUGACCUUCAAGUGCACCAUCUUGCCUUUCACAACAGGUAACAAAAUACCUUGGCCCAGCCCUGUAAAUUAGGUUGCAGGACCUCACCACAGUGGCCUCACUGACAGCUGCAGGAAAGAGUGUUUGGCCCUUUCCUUCAUCAUUGUUUUCCUGUUUGCCCUACAGCAGGGGGAAACAGAAGUAGUGUACCUAUUUUUUCCUAAGAAAAGCAAAAGGUGGCUGGGGCCGGAGCUGAUUUAGAUAAGCAAAACAGCAGAGGAGGGCAAAAUUGAAGUUCCUUUCUUCCUACAUCACUGCGUAGAUCAAAUUUGAAGAUCCCUAUGUGGUCGCGUCUAAGUAAAAAUAAAAUGGAAGAUCCUAUCAUGGCUCUCCCAUCUAACCGCUUGGAAAGUUUGAAAAUUAUGGAUGUCUAGAAACCUUGCAUUUUAGCUACCGAAACGUGCUUUCUAAAAAACAUUUUAUCCUAAUGGACUUUCCAGAUUUAAAAUGUCGCCUUCUUAGGUUAGAGGGUAACUAAGACUAUGGAGGAGGGCAGCUUAUUUAAAUGAAUAAAGGUAAAGGACCCCUGACAGUUAAGUCCAGUCGCGAACGACUCUGGGGUUGCAGCGCUCAUCUCGCUCUAUAGGCCGUGGGAGCCGACGUUUGUCCGCAGACAGUUUUUCCGGGUCAUGUGGCCAGCAUGACUAAGCCUCUUCUGGCGAAACCAGAGCAGCGCACGGAAACACCGUUUACCUUCCCGGCGGAGCGUACCUAUGUAUCUACUUGCACUUUGAUGUGCUUUCGAACUGUUGGCAGGAGCUGGGACCAAACAACGGGAACUCACCCCGUCGCGGGGAUUUGAACUUGAACUGCUCGUGGUUUACACUACAACAACACCCGCUUCCCAUUUAAAGGAAUAGCUCAAUGCAUUUCCUCCUGCAAGGAUUUUAUUUUUUGAAAUGGAGGCUAAUCCAUUCCAAAACUAACUCCCAUGGGGCUGCGAACUCACAAAUCCUGCUCUGAAUUUAGAUUGCAGAGUUCGGUGCCUGCCUAUCUGCAUCCCAAAGCAGCUGCCCUUCCUGGGCUCAGAGCCCUCAAUUCCUUGAACCAGAGAACUAGGCCAGUUGCUCAGCAGUAGCUCUUAACACUGUAGGAGGUUUGAAUGGCUUGUCCUUGGCUUUUCAAAAGAAUCAUGGGUGAAGCGUAACCUCCUGUUCAACACUGCCAGCCAAAGCAUCUCUUGCUAGGGACGUUCUGUGAUAUCCAUUAGCAAGGCAGCCACCACUGAGGCAGAGAGUGGCCAGUUUUGUAUUCCUCUGCUGCCUUUUAAUGGAUUUGACAAUUGUAUCCUGGCAUCAGAGAAACCACGGAACGCUUGCACAGAUGGAUGGAGCAAGGGGGGGUGGGGAGCAAUAGGUCUUGAUUGACAAGGAAUGUCAAUUUCUGGCUUGAAUCCUGCCCUUAAAAAGUAGGAAGAAUUUGGAACUCUAUUUUAAAAAACAAUUCCAAUUCUGUAACUACAAAAUCAAUUGCUAUUAAAAAUGUACAGUGGUACCUCAGGUUACAUACGCUUCAAGUUACAUAUGCUUCAGGUUACAGACUCUGCUAACCCAGAAAUAGUACCUCGGGUUAAGAACUUUGCUUCAGGAUGAGAACAGAAAUCGUGCCCCAGUGGUGUGGCGGCAGCAGGAGGCCCCAUUAGCUAAAGUUGUGCUUCAGGUCAAGAACAGUUUCAGGUUAAGAACGGACCUCCGGAACCAAUUAAGUACCGUAUUUUUCGCCCUAUAGGACGCAAUUUUUCCCCUCCAAAAAUGAAGGGGAAAUGUGUGUGCAUCCUAUGGGGCGAAUGCAGGCUUUCGCUGAAGCCUGGAGAGCAAGAAGGGUUGGUGCGCACCGACCCCUCUUGCUCUCCAGGCUUCAGGAAGCUAUCCGCUAGCCGUGGGAGACGCAGCUCUCCCACGGCUAGCGGAGAGCUUGCCUGCACCCAGAAGCUUGGGGCGCGCUGAGCUCAGCGGAUAGCAGCCUGUUCUGGGGGUUGGGGUCGGGGGAAGCUCGGGCUUCCCCCGACCCAGCCCCGCACCUGGGGGGGAAAUAAAAUUUUUUUUCUUUAUUUCACCCCCAAAAAACUAGGUGCGUCCUAUGGGCCGGUGUGUCCUAUGGGGCGAAAAAUACAGUACUUAACCCAAGGUACCACUGUAUAAGGAUGCAGUAUCGUUUCAGUAUGGCGUUUCAACAUAUUGGUUUGUUUGGAUAUAUUUUUUGGGAGAAGGGGGUACUAUAGAAUUUGGUUUCAACUACCAUUGGCCUACAUUCCCACCCCACUCCCAGGCAUGAAAUGGAAAAUUGGAACUUAGAAUGUGGAAGGGAAAGUGACCAGCCCUGUUGAGAAUCAGAACUGGGCAGUGCUGCUGAAGAUAAUAUCUGUUUUUAGAACCAUAACAUGAGAAGGGUUUAUAUAGAAAGAGGAGUGAAAAAAGGAAGAUUAUACCUGCCUCAUUCAUCUCUAAAGAAAGACCUAUGCACUCCAGAGUUAUUUCUGUAAAACUUGAUCUAUGUACAGCUCUUUGUCUUUUGUCAGGUACUUCCAGAAACUUAUGUAACUCCAGGAGUUCUCAUGAGCCUUAAAAAAAAAAAAAAAUCACUUGAGAUUAGACUUUAUGCCUUUAGCAGGAACUGACCAUAGCAUUUCAGAUUUUGCUUUGUAAUCAUGACUCAUCAAGGCUCAGGCUGGAAACCUGUCAUAAAUGCCAUACUACAAUCCUGGAAUAUGUGAAGUAAUAAAAAAGAGAGCCCCUGAACACCUACAGUGUGUUUCCCCAAUAACAUUGAGCCCAGCCCAUAUGCAACUGAAAUUUAGGAGGGUCAGAUGGUGAGAGUUGUAGGUUCUCUGUCUUUUAUUGGAAAUAAAAGUUCAGAUUCUCCGGAUUCCAUGGCUGUUGUUUGAAAGAGCGAAUAUACACAGAUGCCAUCCUGACCCUUGGUCCAUAUUCCCCCUAUCAGCAGCCGAGGCUUGUCUCACUUUUCUUCAUUACCAGUGUGGGAGAGAUGACAAGCGCAGAAUUAGUGGGUUAAAGAGAUUUGCAAGUUGGCAGCAGAGCUGUCCCUGUGAACUUGUUGUGCACUCCAUUCUGUCCACCUUUUGAGUUGGAGCUUCCGUCAUGGUGAUGAUGGAAUUGGUUUGACCAGUGCUGGUACAAAAUGCUCUAGGAAGCCGUAUUGUUGUGUGCCUUAGGGUGACCUUGGUCACAGGUAGGACCGUGUGAGUUCUGCGUGUCACAGUGAACCUGGACCUGGAGGGUACAUGUUUGAGGAGCUGGCAUUUCAACAUCACAGUGCUCCAUAUCUGGGGUCCCUGUAAAAAGGGUGAAAAACCGUUUGGGCUCCACAGGCCAGAUCCCCAUCAGGCUUGGUCUGGUGAGCCCACCUGUCAAUCACCUGACAUCACAACAACAUCAGGUGUAAGAUGCUUUGGAGUUAGGGCUUUAUAAGGUGUGUCCCCCCAAUUUUAUAAGGGGAUUCCAGUGCAGACCUCUUCUUGAUUCAAGAAUCCCUUGCUAAAAGAGAGGAAAAACCACCUUCAUUUUAGCAGGGGUUUCCCUGCCUGAGCUUAGUUAAUGGAUGCAGAAAGAUUGGUGCAGCCCAGCAACUGAACAGAGGUAUUCCAAUAAACAGGAAUGCAGGCACAUUUCAGGGGAGACUGAGCCCAGUUAAUGUCUUGCACCCUUUGUGUGCCCCACUUUAAGUCCCGCAAGACUUUGAGUUGUCUCCCCCAGGGGCAUUAAGUGCCAUUCUUGCUGUCUCACCUAGUCAGGAUGCAGUUGCAUGGUCUCUGGCUGCUCAGCUUCCAGCUCUGACCUUGGGAUUAGCCAAUUGUAGCUUCAGCACUCGGAUACCACCUGAGUCUCAGCCCUCCCUUUUCAAAAUCGCCUCCCUUUUGCUCCUCCCUUUCUCUAUAUACAGUGACUCCACCCCACUUCCAUCUCACACCUAGCUUUUAACCCCCUCUUAUCCUCCUUACUGGCCUGCGUCCUCCACCUUUCCCUUGACUCAGGGUUUUCCUUCAGGAUCAUGCUGUAACUCUGGAUCAGACUUCUGGGUGGCUCUCUCAGCUGGCAGCUCAUAUAUGCUUUUUUAAAAAGCAAAGAAGACAGAUAUUCCGCAUUUGGCAUUAAGCAUUUCAUCAGGCUGUGGCAAAAGCAGAGAUGGGAAGCAGGGCACCUCAUUGCUCUUCUGAGAGACCAGCUCCUUUUGGCUCCUCUCCCAGAACUGUUUCCAUCCCAGCUGGUCAGUUGCAAUGAUUAAACCCCCCCCCCAUUUUGUAUACUGCCCUUUAUCCAAAGAUCCCAGGGUGGUUCUAUGUAACUUAAAACAUAAGCACCCGAGUUUGCUUUCCCCCUGCAUAUAGUCUUUAAGCAACUCUGCAAGCCUUUGCAGCUGAAAAGAGCCAGUGUGGUGUAGCCUUUCUCAACCUUGCGUCCCCAGGUGUUGUUGAACUACAAUUCCCAUCAUCCCUGACCCAUCAUCCCUCCAGAUGUUUUUGGCCUACAACUCCCAUGAUCCCUAGGCUAGCAGGACCAGUGGUCAGGGAUGAUGGGAAUUGUAGUCUCAAAACAUCUGGAGGGCUGAGGUUGAGGAAGCCUGGGUUAGAGUGUCAGACUAGGACCUGGGAGAAACUAGGGUCUGAAUCUCCGCUCGGCCAUGAAGCUCACUGGGGGGCUUUGAGCCAGUUACUCACUCUCAGCCUAACAUACCUCACAGGGUUGUUGUGGGGAUUAAAUGAGGCGGGAGACCCCUGUAAGACACCUUGAACUCCUUGGAGGAAAAGGUGAGAUGUAAAUAAAUAAGAGUGGGGUAGCUAUUAAAAAAUAAAUAAACCCCUAGGCCUUGCUCUCUCCCCAAAGCCUGCUUCCCUUUGUUUUUCAGAAGAAGAUGUGGAAAAUUUUGAUGUUACAAACCUGUCUCAGGAUGUGAUGCGGAGCAUUGAAGCAGACAGCUUUUGGUGUAUGAGCAAACUGCUAGAUGGGAUACAGGUAAGGAGUUUCCUCUUAGGCAGCACUUAUUUUGCCUCUCUGCAUCUCUCCGUACUUUGCAUUCCCCAUCAUCUCAGUACUAAUCAUCCCGAUCAUGUUUCCUUCUCCCACACUUCAGGAGGAGCAUCCAAACAUGACUUUUACAUUUGUAUAGUAACCUAGUUUCUAUACACACUCACACAACCCCCCAUCCUCCAUCCAGGGAAGCAACAAGUAUUAUUGCUUAGGGAUUAUUAGGGAUGCAUCCAGGCCAGACAAAAACACUCAAAGAGGGUCCGCCAUAGGGCCAGUGAGGGGUGUGGUCUGGGGAGAACCUCAAGGGCCUCAUAGAGGUCUGAAGGGCCAUAUUUGAGCCCUGGUCCCGAGAUCCCCCAUCCCUGUUUUAAACCUUCCUUCCUUGGCCUACUUCUCAGUAGUGCCCAAGACACCUCCCUUUAUUUCUCCUUUAUUUUCAUUGAGGAUUCCCCCUUCCCAGUAAGCUUCAAGCUAAAGGCUCCUGCUUCCUUUUCCUAUUUAUACAUUCAUCCAAAUGAAAUUUUGCUCUGUGAGCUCUGUGUCAUUUUCCUCAAGCUCUCACAAACGUUGGCAUAGAUUUCCUCCUUCAUAUGAUUGGACAUGUUUCCACCUCAAAAUGGCUUUUUCUGAAGCUGUAAUGGUUCCCUUUCUUUGUAGAUCUAGAGGUCGCUUGCCAACAGAAAAGAGCUUCCUCACUUUCUGAUGAGGAAUGGAGCUUUCCAGGCAGACUUGCCCCCAAACCAAAUCAGCCUUGCCUCUCUCAUUCUCCUUGCUUUUAUCUUGCUGUAUUACUUCAACAAACUCCUGAGAAAAUGGGCUUGUUACUGGAGAGAAAAAUGGUUGUCACUGCCCCCCCCACUCUUUUAUUUUUCCUCCUUCAGGAACCACUGCUACCAUCCAAAUGGUGAUUUAUAGCACCUGUGUUUCCUAGCUGAGGAAAAGUUGCAGGUCUAAGGUCCCAGGUUCCACCUCUUGGCAUUUCUUGUUGCCCUCAGAAGGCAUUUCCACCAUGGACGACACUGGGCUAAGAGAAACAAUGGCACAUGUAUCUGCUGGACUUGCUCCUCUUAAACUCACCAUGUGUUUUGCUGCAGGACAAUUACACGUUUGCACAGCCGGGGAUCCAAAAGAAAGUCAAAGCACUGGAGGAACUUGUCAGCCGUAUCGAUGGUAGGUGAAAUUCAAGCUACCAGAGGGGAAGUCGAACUUGCCAAGUUCUUAAUUGUUCACAUCUCCAACUGAGUUGCAACGGUUGUGGGCUCACCUCGGUGUUGAGGGCGGAAUGCACGAAGCGGAAAGCAGGCUUCUGGAAGCUUCUUUAACCAGGCGGCAGCGCUAGGUAGUAGUCAGACCAGGGGGUCAAAUCUGUUAGCUUGAUGCCAUUAAGGGGUGUUGGAAAUGGGACACUGCUGGGGAAAGGGGGUGGGUGAGAGGCCAUGAGCCGAGAGGCACACAAGAGAAUAUGUGAUUCAUCAGAAGAAGGGGGCUGAAGCAUCUGAACGGUGCCUGCGGGAGGCAUUUGGCGUGGGCUUGUUAUGUGGGAGGGAUUUGGUUGGAUGGAACAGAGACUGUGGCUGAAAGUGGAGCUUCCUGAGACGCGGCGUAUGAGCCACACUCCAUAUUCAGCCGUGUAAAUGGCAUGUGCUGUUUCAGAGCAGGUACACAAUCACUUUAGGAAGUAUGAAGUGGAAUACCUGCAGUUCGCCUUCCGCUGGAUGAACAACUUACUGAUGCGGGAGCUUCCUCUUCGCUGCACCAUCCGCCUUUGGGACACUUACCAGGUACAGGUGGCUUGGCUUGUUUACUGUCCAGCCUUGUGGUUGGAGAAUGGUGCUCAGUAGGGAUUCUCCCAGAAAAAGUCUUAUAUGGGAGCAGGCACUACAAACCGGCUUUUGUGUGGCAGCAUACUCAUGUGAAGACAUAAAAGAGUUCUUUCACAUCCAUACAGCCCCAUAAAACUGGGGAGAAGCCGUGAUAAAAAUAAACCCAUGCUAAUUCCAUUCUUUUUAACCCCAAGUGUCUUUUUUCCAGUCUGAGCCAGAGGGAUUCUCUCAUUUCCAUUUAUAUGUCUGCGCUGCAUUCUUGAUUAAGUGGAGGAAAGAGAUCUUGGAUGAAGAGGACUUCCAGGUAAAUCUUCAGAAGGCAGCUACAUUUGGGAAAGGAUGCCGCAUAAUUAUCCUGCUUGAGGAUGUAUCUGUCUAGAGUAAGGCAACAGAUGGCAGCAUGAGCAACGAUAUCUCUGGCAUGUGAUUAGGGGCAUGAAAUUCCCCAAUCCAGAGAUCCAGGCUUUUUAAAAAAAAUGCUUUCCCUGACUGGGGAUCUAGUAAACUUAGGGCGUCACCUGUUACAGGAAGUCCCAAGUAUUCUGUGUUUGGAUAUUUGAAAUAUAUUACAUUCUCCCCUGCCUGUUGUCAAAAUCACCACUUUUUCUUUUCCCCCUAAAGUGAAAAUCAGUAAAUCAGUAGCUGUGAUUCAUACUUAAUUGAAACAAGACUGCACAGAUAUAGGUUUCUGCCAUAGCUGUAGAGAUCUCAACACGUGAAACCACAAAAGAACAAAAAGGGCUUUUGCUUUUUAAAACAAACAAACAAACAAACAAACAAACAAACAAACACAAAAAACCAAGAGCCACAUCUUGCUUCUCUCUGUGUACCCAAGUUUCUGUCUUAAUUCCAGGGCCUUCUAAUGUUGCUACAAAACCUUCCCACGAUACACUGGGGCAACGAAGAGAUUGGACUCCUCCUCGCCGAAGCCUACAGACUCAAGUACAUGUUUGCAGAUGCGCCCAAUCACUACCGCCGAUAG